GAACGCGCUAAUCUCAGGAAGUACUAGUCCGAUUUGAAAAUUUCAUUCAGAGAUAGCCCAUUUAUCGAGGAAGGCUAUAGGCUAUAUUUUUAUCCCGGUACGGGAAGUAGUUCCCACGGGAUGCGGAUGAAACCGCUGGCAGAAGCUAGUAUCCAUAUAUUCAACCAUUUAUCUGACAUUCUCAUUGGGGGUAUAAUACUUCGUCUCUUCCCAUCGUCACGUAACGUACCAGUCCAUUAGGCUCUAACGCGGUUAGUAGUACGUCACCGUCCCGUCUGCAGUGCAGUAGUCGGCAGGAAGAGCCGGAGGCUGGCGACGGACGGCUUCACCACAUUGACAGCGAUGCGGAGUACAGGCAGAGUAACAACAACCCAGGACCCAGACUUUCUUGGUCGGUCGGUGAACUGUCAAAACUUUUAUAAAUUGUCUCUUGUCAUGCAUGUCUGUCAAUCAGUGCUUUCACAAGUUUCACAAUACUCAAUACUCAUUGUUAUUUUAUUAGUGAAUCGUGGAAGAUAGAAGUAAAUAGCAAUUUAAACGUAUAAAAAAAAUAUAAAUGCCCCUUAUUCAAGUUUUUGGUGUUGUGGUUCAGAUUCUGUAUUUUUAAUAAAUGGAGCCUUUAGAACCAAAUGCUGAAGAUUGUUGUAACAGUGGCUGUAAUCCUUGUAUUUUUGAUAUAUACGAACAGCAGCUGAAGGCAUUUAGAAAAAAGAAAUUCAAUGGGGACAAUUUAAAUGUUAUCCAGAAUGGCAUUUCUCAAUGGAAAUACACAGAAUUUGUUGUUGUUAAAAACUUCCCUGUCUGCGAUUUUCAUAACUGUGUUACAUUUAAGAGAAUAGCCCAAGACGAUACAACAGUGUGGUGGAAACCUGGUGACCACUUCCUCCUUAAGUAUUCUUCUAAUCAAAAUUCAUGUACGAGAGCAUACACUCCCAUAAAAGUAAAGAAUGAAUUAAGUGAAGACUAUGAUUUUUCUAUAUUUGCAAAAAAAUAUGACUGUGGCUUAGUUUCAACAUACUUGUGUAAUUUAAAAGAAGGUGAUACUACUUUAUGGAGAGGCCCUUAUGGGCACUACAAAAUGGAACCAAAUAAAUAUGAUCGAAUUAUCAUGAUUGCUCAAGGAACUGGCAUAGCUCCGUUUAUUACAAUUAUAGAUGAAAUUUUAAAUGAUGAAGAUAAUAUGACAAAAAUUAGAUUAUUAUAUUGUUGCAAGUGUGAAAAUUCUAUCCUAUUUAGAGAUACACUUUAUGCCUUCAAAUCGUACUGGAAUUUUACCUAUGAUAUUUUUUUAAGCACUAGUUGUACAUCAAAUUUUAAGUGUAAAUAUCAAGAACCAAUAAAACAACAUAGACUAAACAAGGAAUAUUUAUUUAAUUUUAAACCUUUUCUACAGAAUGAUCAGGUUCUUAUAUGUGGAGCACCUACAUUUAUUGAGGCUUACAAGACUCAUUUAGAGGGGGAAAUAUUGAAUAAAGAAAAUAUAAUUAUGUUUUGAUGUUAUGUUUCAUUUGUUUCCCUGAUCCCAUAAAAAUUUCACAAUCAAAAACUAGCUCCACUAGUGGAAGGGAACUUUUGCAAUUAGAGCGCAUCUACAUGGUGCAAGUAGCUUGCACAUGUUGAGGCACCUGUGCAGGUUACAUGCAUUUUAAAAUGCGCAGGGGCCCGAUUCUACUAACUUAAUAAUGUCAAAAUUUAAUCGUAAUCGUCAUUUGAAUAACUUCGGCAGUUAUUGCGGGUAGUCAGGCGCCAAACCCUGGUACUAAAUAGCAUCCGGUUAUAGGUACUGGAAGCCUACGCUAAUAUAGUUGAAAAAAGGCAGGUAAAUUAUA